AUGUUGUUGAGAACCAAUACCCAGCAGAAUAGGUGUGGGCCUGCAAGAAUAUCUGACAGUAGAAGAUUUACUUACUAUGGUGUACCAUACCCACCUAAGGCUGACCUCAGGCAUGAAUUACUAGACCCAAACAAGGCUGGGCCUGACUUCUGUCUCAAGAGAUUAAUCCUUAGCCUUGAUGGUGAAGGAUGCCCUCUCAUCAUUGACCCUGAAAUAGAGAGUCCUAGAGCUGAAGGCACUGCUGAGUUUGGAAAAGUUCACAUCAAAGGCAGCAGUUCCAAAAUUGAGGAUGCUGCUUUCCCUGAGAUAUCCACCAAUUUUGACCAGGACAUUGAAGAGUCAACCAGUGGUCUGAUAGCACUGGGACCUGGACAUAUCUUGGCAUAUCUAAUCUACUCAAGCAGUGUUGCAGCUGGAGCACAGAGUGGAAUAGAAGAAUGCAAGCAUCAGUUUGCCUGGGAUCGUUGGAACUGUCCUGAAAGAGCCCUGCAGUUAUCUACUCACAGUGGGCUUCGCAGUGCAAACCAGGAAACAGCAUUUGUGCAUGCUAUCAGCUCAGCAGGUGUGAUGUACACGCUUACGAGGAACUGCAGCUUAGGGGAUUUUGACAACUGUGGAUGUGAUGAUUCACGAAAUGGGCAGCUUGGAGGUCAGGGUUGGCUUUGGGGAGGAUGCAGUGAUAAUGUUGGAUUUGGAGAAGCUAUCUCAAAACAGUUUGUGGAUGCUCUGGAAACUGGACAAGAUGCAAGGGCAGCUAUGAACCUCCAUAAUAAUGAGGCUGGUCGAAAGGCUGUCAAAGCAACCAUGAAAAGGACUUGUAAGUGCCAUGGAGUAUCUGGCAGCUGUACCACCCAGACUUGCUGGCUCCAACUGCCAGACUUUCGAGAGGUUGGAAACUACUUAAAGGAGAAAUACCAUCGGGCCUUAAAGGUAGACCUGCUGAAGGGAGCAGGUAACAGUGCUGCCAGCCGAGGUGCUAUCACUGAGACUUUCAGUUCUAUCUCCAAAAAGGAGCUGGUACACCUGGAGGACUCACCAGACUACUGCCUGGAAAACAAGACCUUGGGAUUACAAGGUACCCAAGGAAGAGAGUGUCUGAAGCGAGGCAAGAACCUUAGCAAGUGGGAAAAGGGCAGCUGCAGACGGCUUUGUGGGGAAUGUGGUCUGGCAGUGGAGGAGAGGAAGGCUGAAAUGGUAUCCAGCUGCAACUGCAAGUUCCACUGGUGCUGUGCUGUCAAGUGUGAGCAGUGCCGGAAAAGCGUCACCAAGUACUUUUGUGUUAAGCGAGAGAAACAGCCCAAGGCUGAUAGCAAUACCCAUAAGAAAAACCUCAAACUACGAAAGAGACUAUGAGAUGUGUCCCUUUCCUGGGCUUACAGUCACAGGGUAGCAGGAUCUAUAACAUGCAAGUACAACUAAACUGCAGUUUCAGAAUGAGAACACCAUCUUUGGGAAAUGUGAUCGAGUAUACAUUCUGUAUCCUUUGGUAAUCUGUAUUCAUCCACUAUUCCUGACUUAGCUAGUGGAUGUGAGCUGGCCUAUUUAGCAACCUUUCACACAACAGAUGGUGGAAGUUUGGACUAUGUAAAUGUCCCUUCACUUAAACAACAACCCCUUCUAAGUCCUACAAAAGUGAUAAAUCUCUAGAUAGCCAAUAAAAUUCUACUCAAGUACCAUUCUGACAAAAGUUUCAUUGUCAUUCAAAAUUCAAAAAGGCCAUAGUUCCCAGUCCUGCAUGCCUAUCCCAACUUAGCAAACCAAAAGAACACUUUCUAAAUCCCUGUCAUUUGUGAAUUAUCAUGUCUUAUGUUCACAGUCUUGGUAGCCUUACCUCUGUGUUCAUCUAUAGAUCAGUUAUACUGCAUGCAGGAUAUACAAGUCUAAGGACUCUUCCAUUUGCUCUUAUUCAUAACUAGAGUGGAGUUCCUGGACUAUCUCAUGGUAGAUGGGACAGGAAAUUUUUCUAAUGCCUCGAGUCUCAUUUGAUGGUUAAAUGAAACAGAAAGAGAAUAUAACCAUACAGAUAAUUCCCAUCCUAGCCAAGGUGGGACAAAAAUGGUGAAUAUAGUACUAACACAAAUCAAUGAAAAUGCUGUAAUUGUAUGCCAAGAUGUAAAAUAUCCAUAGUUCAGAGCAAUGAAGGGAGCUGAUAUUAAAUAUACUAACAACAAUUAGAAUGAGCUGAAAUAACACCUGAUGAACCAGCAGGUGGGUUGUGGAGGGAAUGAUAGAGAACACACAAUAAGGUAGGCAACUGUCUUGUUGAGACUGCAAUUUUAACGUAGAGUAAGCCUACAAAACAGAUAUUAAAAUAUCAUAAUACCUAAAAUUUACUAAGGGACAAACUGAAGAAAAUAAUCUGAUUUGCCAUUAAUCAUUACUGCAAAAACAGAAUGCUCUUAUAAAUGUAGACUUUCAGAAUGUUCUUUUAUUGUAGAAGAAAAGCACUGAGAAGAUGCGAUUUUAUACAAGAAAUUAUUAAUAUCCAGAGUCCAAAGCUGCAAAAAAAAAAACUUAGGUUGACAUAUACUAACAGAAUUUGAGUGAACCAAAGUAAACUUGCAUAAGGAUGAAGGGGGAGGGGAUAAAAUAAAACACACCUCUUUAAAGUUUAAUCAAGACCUUAGUAAUAGAGACAUAAAAAAGCAUUACUUCUGGUAAAUUAAGAGAAAUUUAUUAAACAGAAAACAAGUAAACAAAGUGUUUACAUAUUGGCUUAUUGAAAAAGAAGACAAUGUUAAAACAGGUUGGAUAAUGGAAAGUGUAAUGUAAAGACAGAGCUUAUAUUCCCCACUGUAGAACUUAUGACUAAUAGACAUAUUAAAAAUGAAAAUAAAACAUAACUUACAAGUUCCAUAAAAGAAUAUUAGCUCUCAACUCAGCCUGCAGUAAAAAGCAAUAUUUUAAUAUUAAAGUAGACUCUGGUUAAAUCUUUUUAAAUAUGUAGGACACCUAAAAUGUACCAUUAAAUCCUAAUUAAAUUUUGAUGCUAAGCAAAAACCUGCAGUGAACCAAAAAUGUAAUUUUCUACUUCUAACUGUACUGAUUAAAUUUUCAACAGAACCGUAUUUUAUGCAUACUUGGCAUAUCAUCUGUCUUGUGUGCAUGCGCUAACCAUAGACUCUUGCAGGCAAAUCACAGAUACCUCUGUGUGAGCUAAGACAAGGAUAAUUUUUGAGCAAGAAACACACCAAAGUAAAAGUAAUUUGCAGCAAAUUUAAAAACUAAUUUGCAAAAAAGUAUUUGAUCUACUCUGCACCAAUGUUAACUAGGAGCAAAAGGGAAAAGGAAAAUUAAAGAACAGUACUGAAAAAGGAAGUAUAUUAGAAAAUAUUAAUUGUAAGAGUGUUGUGUAUAUCACUGGAUAGUUUAGCACAAUACAGCAUAUGAAGAACUCCAGGUGCUAUUUCUAAGUCAUUUAUCAAAUAAGCAGGAAAAUGAGCCUAGCAGUUUAACUUAAACACAAGGUUGUUGUUGUUCUUCUUUUGGCUUUUCCCGGUUAGGGGUCGCCACAGCGGAACUCCGGUCCACUAAUGAUUGGC